AUGAUUAAGAAUCUCAUCGCACGAGUGCAACGACAUAUAUCGGCUGGUGGUAAAAGCAGUGGCGUCACAGAUAUCAGCCGGGUCUGUCUUUUGAAUCUAUGCUCAGGACAGAUGAGUUUUUUGAUAAAAGUUUGGCAAACUUUCCACGUGUCUUUUGAUACAAUAGUGACCUUAAGAUCCGAGGACGGCGACAGCAGCGAAGACGUUGCUGAAAUAGUGAAUUCUCGUUCUUUCAUACUUAACUCGUGGCCACUAGCUUUGUCAAACGUAGGUAAACCCUCCUAAAGUUGAAUUCCCAAGAACCAGAAUGAGAGAGGAAAUUUCGUCGUCGCAUGUGUACUUCCUCUGUAAAGCGUGAAAUGAGGCAUUUUCACGUCGUGCUCGUGCAGUGACCGCAAAGAAAUGUACAAAAAAGCGUGAUGCACGUGCAAAAUUGUUGGUUUGGUUAAGAAACUUAAAUUGCUUUUCUGACGUUUUCUUUGCCGUCGCCGUCAUCGGAUCUUAAGGUCCCAGAUAUGAAUGCGAACUGCACUAUAUGAUGUCUAAGCUUCAUAACUGUCUAUGAUAAAACAAGAGAAAGAUGCGAAACUCACUUCUCGUAGGAUUCAGUACAGUAUAUAAAACAACUUACGGCUUCAACUACUGGUUAUGCGUCACAACAAAGUCCAAAAGCCAUGUUACAGUAACUUUUCUUCCUCUUGAAUAUUAAACACAUGAACUCGAUUAUUUCUGCUCCGUUAUGUUUUUAUUCUGCAGACUUUGACGUAUCGGGUGGUCUGUAAUCUCAACGAUUCCAUUUAAAGCUUUAUAACCUCAAACUUGUCAGAACACAAGCAAAAUCAUUGAGAGGUGAUUUAAUUAACAAGGGUCGGAAACUUUCUUGAGUGCUUUUCAAGAGUUUUAAACACCCAAAAGGGUAUUUAAAGAAUUGAUAAACGUGAUGAAGUCGGCGUCAUGCUGUUUUUUUUUUUCUUACAGCGGCUGAUAUUAUUAAGCGGAUCGGUACGUAUGUACAUACUGUUGUGUACAGACACCCUAAUCCCCUCAGAAAAAAAUCUCUCGCCGAUUUUUUCAGAGGGGAGGGGGACUUCUGUACACAGGCUAAUGAAAGCGUGAGCGAAGAAUAAGCAGCAAGUGACUCGAUAGGGAAGGAGCGGAGAGUGUUGUUAUUUUAGCGGCAAAAAAGAGAGGAUCGGCAGAAAUAUUUUAAACUACAAAGAAAUGACGACUGUUGCGCCUGACUUGCUGACUUGCUGGGUGUAAAUUUCGGCUUUAGGAUUAUCCACUGAGUUAAUAGAGUUUCAAUGAAAAAUAUAUUUUUACUUCUUAGAUAAGUUACAAUUUAUCUAAAACUGAAAACAAUGGGUGAGCAAGAGAGGAUAAACCUCUCUUGGGGUGAUAUAUCUGACUUUCCGUAAAAUUUGUUUUUGGCUGCAUUGCAACGACUGGCGACGAUUUGGAUCGGCAUAACAUUAAGUACUAUACUUUUUAAAUCACCGCCGGCGUAUGAAAAACAUAUGCAGGAACGAAAUAUUCGCAUAAGCGGGUAAUUUCUUGUAUAAAAUUGAUUUGUGGUUCCAGAAUACCCCAGGAUCAAACUCCUGUUGGUUCUAUUACAGUAAUUUCAGCUCGUUUCUACUAUGAAAAUAUGCUUGAAUUACGAUUAAUUGAAUUUGUAACAAGGUUUUGGUUGAAAGUGUGGUUAAGUAGUUCAGCUUGUAUUGAUCAUAUCGUGAAAAUACCCAAUACAGUGGACAAUACGACUAAAUCAGCUGUUUUAAGACACAAUAUAGAAAGCAUUUAAAGUGAUACCCCAUCAACUAUAUUUUUCUUGCGCACAAAUUAAGUGGCCCAUUCCAAUGACCCCUUAUCCCAAACACAACAAGAAUAGUUCAGCAAAUCUCAUACGCGAGUGUUUCGAUGGUUUACCAGUUACAAUCUUCGACAACUUUGCUACCGAGGAAAAGGAAGAUUCAGUGUAGGAAUGGACACUACCUAGAAGUUCGCCCAGAUGGCACAGUUCGUGGAACGAAAAACCAUGAUAGCAUUUACAGUGAGUGAAAAGUAGUGUUAGUAUUUUCUUUUGUAUAUAUUAUAUGCAAAAGAGUAAGAGAUAUUUGGAGGAAAAAAAAGGACAAAAUCAACCAGCAAUCUCUUUAUUAAGAAAAAUAUAGCAGGUUGCGGAAAGGGUUUUCUUAGCGGGUUUAAUGCUCAUGCAUUGAAAUCAAGUUGCUCCCUGAAAGCUCCAUCAAGAAAAUUUAAAACAGAAGUAAGGGAAAAAAGUCCAGAAAAAAUAAGUUUUCUUUUACCAGAAUUCGAACAAAUGAAAUUUGCAAUUAGUACACAUUAAAUUUUAAAUAAAAUCCUGAGCACAUCAGAAAUCUCGUACAGUUCGAUCAUCCCUGUUAUAGCCGCAACAAUCUCUAUUUUCCCGGCAUUUGCAAUAUUUUUAUCAGUAACAAAUUACAUAAAGGCAAUAGUAUUAUCACUAUUAUUUAUUACUUUACUUUUAGUCUAUAAAUUGUCAGGUAUCGUCGUCGCUCUUGUGACAUUCAUGACAACGCAGAAGCCACAAGCCAUAAACUUGGCUUACCAGCGAUAAACAUAUCUCUUGUGGCAUAUGACAAUGCUCUGACCAGCUUGACUCACUGUAACUGUUAAUAAUAGGCAUAGCAGUUGCUAUCUUCGUGGGAAGUUUAAUAAACGCUUGAGCCGGAGUUUAUAAGGUACGGAAAAAUGGGCAACAACAAGAUACACGCAACUUGUCUUGCAACAUUACUGACAACUUUACUCUUGCAACAUUAGCGAUUUUGCGCGUUUUCCCACCCACAUAAAACCUGUCUUGUAACAAAUCAGGUUCAGUGUUAACAGGUUUAAGCGUGGCUGGUAAAACGCGCAACGUCGGUUUACCGAAACUUUAGCUUUCGUUAGAUUUUCUGCUGCUUACCUCUACAAAUUAGAGGAUGGUUUUAACCUUAGACUGCCUUACACACAAUAAGAGAAAACAUGAACGACUUUUUAGGUCAUCUCUUUUAAAUGUCCUUGUGCAAAGUCAAAUGACUGAUUCAUUGCAUACUCCUGAGAGUUCAUUUUCUUUGUGGAAAAAGUUAGACAGUCGUUACUUAACAACGGUUAGUAACGAAAAAUUCUAACAGAGACGUUCAUCUGGAGCCGAAUAUUUUAAAUUCAUUCUCGUUCACUUUUGUUCGGCGCAUUAAAUCUGCGGUCCCCGGAAGCCCUCAGUUCAGGCGACCGCACGGUAAAAAAAUGACCCAGAGGCUUAUUAUAAGGAAUCUGGGCACAAGACUGCGCUUUGUGCGCACUUAACGAUUUCUGAUUGGUUCAUUACAUCUCAGUUAUCUGUCUCCAUUUGCUGAUAUUUUAUGCGCUACAUUUAAUAAAAAACUGAAAACAACUAACGGCAAAAGUUGAAAUUUCUUUGGGCACUGGUCCUUUUUGGAUUAUUAUUUGUUUCUUUUCUUUUUUAUUCUUAUCAGCUGUGUUUCAUCUCGACUCUGUGGGAUCUAACAUGACAACCCUGUGGGCUGCAGAAGCUGGUUUAUAUGUCGGCAUAGACAACCGAGGAAAUAUUAUUACCUCAGUGAGUACUAGUUUGUUUUGUCAUUUUCAUCGGUUAAAUAAAGUUUCUAUUUUAAUUAACUAAUCUAUUGAUAUCUUUAGUAUUACAAAUAUUGAUAGAACGGCUACAUUUAAAAUAAGAAAAAAAAUUAAAUGGUUAUUUACAGUUGCAUUUCCGCAGAGGACAGGUGACACUGUUUCAGUAAUAUUGAACGCAGUUGAAGACGACAGAACUACAACGGCAUGUGAUCACAUGAUAUCAACUGUGUCGUACGGUUCUCGUAUGUCUCUCUUUAUUUACCAACAAUGGGUUUCAAAUUCAUUUCCAGGCAACUAAGAUCUCAGCCUGCACACUACGCGAGAGCCUGGACACGGAAUUCUUUAACAGCUUUGCCAUGGAGUUUUCCCCGCGACGACUGCAUUGGCUCUCAAUAUCAGCACAAGGAAAAGUACGAUCGUCUAUUUUGACCUCCUCACGGAAUGUACAGUUCAUUACAAAACCACUGCAUUGA